AUGCAAAUCUCUCAAGUCCUGACAACCCUGGCGCUGGCCAUGCCAGCCCUCGUGAGCGCCUCCGCACUCUAUCCCAGCAUGGGCUGCUACUCCGAGGUGCCCGACCUCAAGAACGACACCACCAACGUCUUCAACUCCUACGGACUCUGUGCGGACCAAUGUCGCCAAGGUCACUACAAGUUCGCCGUUCUGAGCAAAGGCGACCACUGUGGCUGCAGCAAUGCCGUGCCUCCUCCUGCCAACAAGGUCGCCGACGAUCAAUGCAAGACCGCGUGCCCUGGCUACCCCGAAGAUAUUUGUGGCGGCAAUACCACCUACUCCGUUCUGAACGUGCACGAUCAAUCCAACUUCGUCAGCUCCAUGACCGUCAAGGCCUCAGCCACCACCACCGCCGGAGGCAUCGUCGUCGCCGCAUCCACCCCAGCCUCCACCGCGACCGCCACCAACGCCGAGACCACUGCCAUGAGCUCGGCAAGCGCGAGCGCCAGUGCCUCGGCCACGCCGAGUUUCAAUGCGGCGAGCUCCAUGCGCGAGGGUUCUUCGCUAGCGGGCGUGCUCUUUGCUGGCUUGGCUUUGUUGCUGUAA